AUGGACAUCGAUGAAGGACGAAGUAUUCCGACUGCCAAUGACUACAAAGACCACCAAGUCCGGCAGGAGCAGGAGGCAGAUACCGAAAUCGGCGGAUGUUACAAGAUGGUUGAGCCAUUGCCUGCCUAUCCAGAGGGCCCAACCCGUCUCAAGGAAAAGAAUACAUGGCACGGAAGUCCGGUGGCGUCGCUAAGAAGAGCGUUCCAUGCUCUUGGGAGUCCACGAAUCAAGACAGCACUCACGACGACCGAAAUCGCUAACCUGCGGACCUUGAUGGAUCUUUACUUUGAGCCAACAACUGUGGACGAUCAAUCAAGCGAAACAACUGGGGAAUCUGGUCCGACAGCCACCAGUGAAAAGCGGAAGCAUGACGACGAAGACGAUGAGGACGAAAGCACCGAUAGGAAAGGAAAGGGCGUAUCUUCCAAGAAAGUAAAAUAUGAACAAGAUACACCGACACCCAAAUACAAUAUUUGUGCCCGGUACCAAGAAGUGCCGGGGAAAACUUGGUGUCCGGACUUCCAUUACUGGGUCAACGCUUCUUGGCAAUUUGGCCCGGAAGAUAUUAUAGAAAAGGCAUCUAUGUUCCAAGUUGCUACACAGAAACACAGAGGUUAA